AUGUCGCAAUCGUUUGAUGACUUCUUGAAACAGCAGCAGGGCCAAAAAGGCUCUGCUGGCCGUGGUAAUUCUAGAUUCACCAAUAACCAAGGCAACUACCAGGCCGGUGGAUCUUUUCCACAGACCCCCAACGAGUCUUUGCCCAAUUCUGGAACUGCCACCCCUAAGACUCCUAAUGCAAACGCUUCAAGUACUUCGUUGAAUUCUCUUUCGUCUGCCUUAAGUAAGCUCAAUGUAGGAGACGUUCCCUUCCAGGAAAACUUGGCCAAUCUUGACAAGGCAGCAAAGAUUGCCGACGUCAGACCAGAAGUGGAUGCUAUCACUGAGACAUUUGUUGUCGAAUCUAUAUCCUCCGUCAAUGAGUACAAGCUCAACAAUAUUGUCAAGUCUUUGGCCAAGCCCAAGAACUCAGCUUUUGUCAGAGAAGCUUCGCUUUUGAUUAUCCAGCAAUUGGCUGUGAAGCUUGGGGGUCAAACUCCUAAGGAGUCGUACUUGGUCCAGUUUUUCCUGACCGCAUACGACUUAUUUGCUGAUAAAGACAAAAAUGUUGUCAAAGCUGCAAAGUCUGCCACCGACACUUUAUACGGGAUCUUUCCCGUAGAAGCUCUUGGUACAAUUGUGCUUGACGAAUUUUUAAAAUACUUGUCGUCGUCGGCUAAGUGGAAUUCGAAGGUCGCCGCUUUGGCCACUUUUGAUAGAUUGGUAGAGGAAGUUCCUGCUGAUUUAUUGGAAUUGACAUUUGUUAGAGCCGUUCCUGUCUUAACAGACUUGGCUACGGAUUUCAAACCUGAAUUAGCCAAGCACGGUUUGUCCUCUUUGAAGAAAUUUGUCAAAGUAUUAGACAACUUAGAUUUGCAGAACAAGUACGAUUUGAUUGUAGAGACCUUGGCUGAUCCCUCUAAGGUCACCGAGUGUAUCAAGAACUUGUCUUCUGUCACGUUUGUAGCUGAAGUGACAGAACCUGCUUUGUCAUUGUUGGUUCCGAUUUUGGACAAGUCUUUGAAGAUGUCAUCCUCUUCCAACGAUCAGUUGAGGCAAACUGUUACUGUUACAGAGAACUUGACCAGAUUGGUUAACAACAAGAGAGAAAUCGAAACGUUCAUCCCCAUCUUGUUGCCUGGUGUAGAAAAAGUCGUCAACAAUGCAUCUUUGCCUGAAGUGAGAGACUUGGGUGCCAAAGCCUUGAAGGUGUUGAAGGAUGCUGAAAGUGAGCAGACAGACGGAAAGUUCCAUGGCAGAAUCACUUUGGAACAAGCCCAAAAAUUCUAUAUUGAAAACCUCGACUCUGAGUCUGCAGCCAUUGUACAUACUUUGGACUUUUCUGACGACAUCAUAGCUCAAUACUUGAGCAAGGUCUUGCAAGCCGAUGCUCAUGUCAAUGAUUGGAAGCGUUUGAAGGAAUACUUAGAGUUACUUGUAAACACUUCUGAAUCCAUUUCUGAAGAGCAAAAGAAUCAAUAUGUCGACAAGGUUAUUGAAAACUUGAGAAACUUGUACGACGCCGACACUGGCAAGUCCAACGAAGACGACGAUGGUGCCAUAGAGAUCGUCAACGCCGACUUCUCGUUGGCAUAUGGGUCUCGUAUGUUGUUGAACAAGACAACUUUGCGUCUUUUGAAGGGUCACCGUUAUGGUUUAUGUGGAAGAAACGGUGCUGGUAAGUCAACUUUGAUGAGAGCUAUUUCCAAGGGACAAUUAGAAGGAUUCCCAUCAGCUGACGAGUUGCGAACUUGUUUUGUUGAACACAAAUUACAGGGCUCCGAAGCCGAUAUGGACUUAGUGAGCUUCAUUGCUUCGGAUCCUGAGUUAGCUGGUAUUGAAAGAAGCCAAAUCUCAGAAGCUUUGAUCAAUGUUGGUUUCACUCAAGAAAGAUUGGAGCAACAAGUCGGUUCUCUUUCUGGUGGUUGGAAGAUGAAGUUGGAGUUGGCCAGGGCAAUGUUGAUGAAGGCAGAUGUGCUCUUAUUGGAUGAACCAACCAAUCACUUGGAUGUUGCUAAUGUCAAAUGGUUGGAAGAUUACUUGGUGGAACACACUGAGAUUACGUCCUUAAUUGUUUCGCAUGACUCCGGUUUCUUGGAUGCUGUUUGUACUGACAUUAUCCACUACGAAAACAAGAAAUUGGCUUACUACAAGGGUAACUUGUCUGAGUUCGUCAAGGUCAAGCCAGAAGGAAAGUCUUAUUACACUUUAUCUGACUCUGUAGUCCAGAUGCACUUCCCACCACCUGGUAUUUUAACCGGGGUUAAGUCCAACACUCGUUCUGUGGCCCGUAUGUCUAACGUUACUUUCUGCUAUCCUGGUGCUGCUAAGCCUCAGAUGAAGAACGUUUCCUGUUCGUUGUCGUUGUCGUCUAGAGUUGGUAUCAUUGGUCCUAAUGGUGCUGGUAAGUCCACUUUGAUCAAGUUAUUGACUGGGGAGUUGGUUCCUAACGAAGGUAAGGUUGAGAAGCAUCCUAACUUGAGAAUCGGAUAUAUUGCCCAGCACGCUUUGCAACACGUAGAACAGCACAAGGAAAAGACUGCCAAUCAGUACUUGCAAUGGCGUUACCGUUUCGGGGACGAUCGUGAAGUCUUGUUGAAGGACUCGCGUAAGAUUUCUGAAGAGGAAAAGGAGCAGAUGGCUAAGGAAAUAGAUGUCGAUGACGGAAGGGGACCAAGAGCCAUCGAAGCUAUUGUAGGUAGACAGAAGUUGAAGAAGUCGUUCCAGUACGAAGUCAAGUGGAAGUUCUGGUUGCCCAAAUACAACUCGUGGGUACCCAGAGAAGUUUUGUUGGAACACGGAUUCGACAAGUUGAUCCAGAACUUUGACGAUCACGAAGCUUCUAGGGAAGGUUUGGGUUACAGAGAGCUCACACCAUCUGUGAUUAGAAAGCAUUUCGAAGACGUCGGUUUGGAUGGUGACAUUGCUGACCACACUCCUAUGGGCUCAUUGUCUGGAGGUCAAUUGGUGAAGGUUGUCAUUGCUGGGGCCAUGUGGAAUAACCCCCACUUGUUAGUCUUGGAUGAACCUACCAAUUAUUUGGACAGAGACUCCUUGGGAGGUUUGGCCAUGGCUAUCAGAGAAUGGGCUGGAGGUGUGGUGAUGAUUUCACACAACAAUGAAUUCGUCGGAGCCUUGUGUCCUGAACAGUGGCACGUAGCAAACGGUGAGUUUAUCCAGAAGGGCACUGUAGCUGUAGACAAUGCUCGUUUCGAAGAUCAGGGAGGAGACUCUACUGGUACUUCUCCUGCCAUCUCUAGAUCGUCAACUCCUAGACCAGAUGAUGAUGAUUCUCCUGCCAACAUCAAGGUUAGGCAGAGAAAGAAGAAGAUGACAAGAAACGAAAAGAAGUUGCAGGCUGAAAGAAGAAGAUUGAGAUACAUUGAAUGGUUGUCGUCUCCAAAGGGUACUCCAAAGCCUAUUGAUACUGAUGACGAAGAUGAGUAGACAGUUUGUUUACUAUGAUAGAAUAGCAUAGCAGAAUUUAUUCCUUAUUUAAUUUGACAAAGUCGGAUAAUAGAUUAUUAAUGUUCA